AUGGAGCGCCUCGGCAACAAACGCCUCGAGGCAGAAAUCACUCGCAUAUGGGAUAACAUCAAAGCAUCAGAAGCUCGCGAGGUAUCUGCUUUAUCAACCGACUCCCAAGCUCAGCAGGAGAGCACCAGCAGUAAGGGAGUACCAGGUAGGAGCGAGCACGACAUGGCCGUCACAAAGAAAACCAUUUCCCGCAGAUUGGGCAGUAAAAAUGCCGCCAAGCUGUGGCCCUACGUGACAAGCUUUAGUAUGGUGAGGGAGAUGCGUACUGUUGCGAAUACGGGGAUCUCGUUUGAGAAAGUGAUCCAGACACUUAAUCGGGUCGUUCUUGAUCGACUGGUUAAGCCUCAUCCUGGAUAUCUUCUUACGACGGCGUUGUCGAAGGUUGAUUUUGUUGCUGCUUCGAAGGAUACUGAGAGGGAAGAGGUUACUGCUGAGGAAGCGCAGCAACAGGGUUAUGUCUUUGAAGUAAUGAGUUUCUUCUACACUGCCACUUGCUGCAAACAUGACCACGAAAAAUGA